AUGAGUACCCAUCCGGAAUCAUCUGAAAGGCCCGCAACAUCAUCAACUGAUUUGGCAAAUCUGGGAGCUCAGCUGAGCGAGGUUCUCAGCCGGUUUAAUGAGCUAAGUGUUGAAAUGAUGGCCCAACGGCAUGUAAUCGAUCAAUUGGUAGCUAGUGGCGCUAGCGGUGAGCAGCAACAUGCACCCUUACCCCCGGGCCAAUCUGAACCAAUACUCUUACCAUAUGCUCAAAUCUCGGUUUCUUCACAAGCUAUGAAUCCACCCGAAGAAACCUUUACUUAUCCCACUCAUGGCCCACCACCUACAUAUGCACCUCACAUCCAAACUAAUCCUCCUCAAGUCCAAAUUUCCCAGAAUUAUCUGCCCAUUACUGUGAGCAUGCCUUUCGAACCACAAGGACCACAUUAUUACGCCACCGCUGAACCAUUCACCCUAGAUACCGCCGUUCAAGGAAAAACUGAAGUUGGGGGGUCGUCCGUGCCCGUGGACAAGAAUUUACUAAAGAGAUUGGAUCGGUUCGAGGAGUUUAUAAGGAAAAGCCAAGGUGUGAGCAAACAAGGGGGUUUGGACUACAACGAGCUGUGCCUGUUUCCGGAUAUGCAGUUGCCGGUGGGUUUCAAAGCACCCAAAUUUACCAAGUACGACGGAACGGGGAAUCCCAAAACCCACCUUCGGAUGUUUGCAAACAAGCUGGGAAGACCAAUAGACGAUGAGAAUCUGCCGGUACGCUUAUUUCCCGAGAGUUUAGAAGGCGACGCGUUGGAUUGGUAUUCCAAUUUGAAGCCUGAAGAUAUGAAAUCUUGGAUGGAUUUAUCGACUGCUUUUGUGAGGCAGUAUGAAUAUAAUUGUGAGCUCGCUCCGACGAGGACCACAUUGGAGGGGACCAAGAGGAAGCCAUCGGAGGACCAUAAGACAUAUGCGAAGAGAUGGAGGAAAUUGGCCGCCAAAGUGGAGCCGCCUAUGACUGAAAACGAGAUUGUUCGCACGUUUAUUAAAGCUCAUGACCCACCCUACUUUGAAGAGAUUUUCCAGUAUGACGAGUUUAUAAGGGCAGGCAAGAUUGUUAAUGUUUCAGCUUUAAAGUCACAGUUGGAAGCUAUGCAGAGUCAGAGUGGCAGUAGUAAAAAGGCUCAAUUUAAGAAGAAAGAUGAGGAAGCCUCUUUUGUCUGGGACCAGGGUUUUUCUUCUCGGCCUAGAUACCAACAAAAUCCCACCUACUCACCUUGUUACUUAUAUCAACCACACCCACGCCCUGUUUACAAUACCACUAUCAACCACCCCCGUCCUCGACCAAAUUAUCCAAACACACCAUCGACGCCAUUUCAUGUUUCCCCACCAAACUUGCAAAUUAGACCUCGCCCUCCUUUUAACCCAAGACCUAUUCCAUCUCCUAACCCAAAUUACCAGUACCAACAAACCCGUGACACCCAAAAUCCAACCCCAUACCGAACCUUUACCAAUCUAGGUCGACCUGUUGACCAGUUAUAUGAGCAAUUAAAAGCUGCUGGGAAGAUUGGUACGGUACCCCCUAAGACCUAUCCCAGGGGAUUUCCCCCUGGUUAUGAUCCUCAAUCGUUUUGCGCUUAUCAUUCGGGAUCCCCUGGACAUCCGACAGCCAAUUGCUGGGCACUUAAGCAUAAAAUUCAAGAUAUGAUUGAUGCUGGAGACAUAAUUCUGAGAAGGAAAGAUGAACAAGGGCCAAGUGUUAGCAACAAUCCUUUUCCUCAGCACAAGGAUACUGUGGGGACUAUCACCAUAGAGGAAGGGAUUGAGGACCCUACACAGUACAUUGUGAACGAGGCCGAGAUCAUGGGGGUCAUUGGAGAACCGUUUAUAUUGGAGGAGGAAGCCUAUAAAGUGGAAGAGAAUACUGAUCCUUUUAUUUUGGAAAUGAUACCCUUCGAAUGUGAGCCUUCGGAACUCGUGGUACUUGAAUUGCCUGAGCAAACUCCUGUUCUUAAUUUACAAGAGGUCCCGUGGAAUUAUAGCGAACCUACACUGUUAAUUGGAGAGAGGAAGGUGCCUAAGAAGGAAGUGGAUGCCAUCACUAGAUCAGGGAGAAUCAUAGGGGAGCCUGCAGUUGAUGAGUCCUCAAAAGCAAAAGAAGGUGCUACACCAACGAAACCCAUAGUGACGGAUGAAGAGGCUUUUAAUUUCCUUAAGAUGUUAAAGAAGAGUGAGUAUAAGGUAGUCGAGCAAUUGGACAAGAUGCCCGCUCAAAUUUCCAUGUUAAAUCUGCUCUUAACCUCGGAACUUCACCGAGAGGCUCUGGUCAAGGUCUUAACUGAGGCUCAAGUGCUUAAAAAUAUUCCAAUUGACAAAUUCGCCAAUGUAGUUGAACAUGUUUUGGCUUCCAGUCGGAUUUCUUUUUCUGAUGAAGAUCUAACUGCCGAGGGGAUUGGACACAACAAAGCUUUGUAUAUCUCAGUCCGCUGUAACGGGAAACUCUUGCCAAAGGUUCUGAUAGACAAUGGCUCCGCUCUCAAUAUCUGCCCUUGGAAUACUUUGGUUAAGUUAGGAUUUCAAGAGACUAAAUUGCGGCCGUCAACCACUGUGGUGAGAGGAUUUGAUGGCGCAAAAAGUGAACCAAUGGGGGAAGUGGAUUUAGUGAUAGAAAUCGGACCUGCCCAGUUUCAGGUCAUGUGCCAAGUCAUGAAUUUUUCAAGUGUUUAUAACAUUCUCCUUGGACGGCCUUGGAUUCACACCUCGGGCGCUAUACCCUCUUCACUUCAUCAGUUGCUGAGAUUUGUGGUGAAUGAUCAAUUGAUCACAGUUUUUGCGGAGGAUGAUUGCACAAUGAUUGUUAACUCUGGACCAAAUGAGGAGGAUAGUAAAACAUCUCUGUUUUCUUCUCACCAUGUGGCUGACAUUGUUUCCGUAGGAUGGAUAUCUAAGGAGAAGCCCGUGGUGGAAAUGAAUCUGCCAGAAGCUAGUGUUAUGAUGGCUAAAGAGAUGAUUCGAGGAAGAUAUGAGAUGGGCAAGGGCCUCGGGCGCAACCUGCAGGGAGUUUUGGAGCCAAUAGAACUUCAAGGAAAGAAAGAUACUUUCGGAUUAGGGUUUCAACCUACUGCCAGGGAUAAGAAAGAAAUGAUGAAUCGUAAAAAGGCGGAGAAGGAAGGAAGGCAGCUUAUCAUGAAUGUCCCACCAUUGUAUUGUACUUUUCCUUACCCAUCAGAGGUGAUCAAAUCUGAAGUAGACCCGAUCAAGGAAGUGGAGGUUGGGUUCUCUGAGCUAUUUGUGGGGGUUAUUUCUGAAAGGGAGCCGUUGGAGGAGCCAGGAUUUCCAGAGGUGCCUAUUGAAGCAAUGAAGAACUGGACCCAAAUUCAAGACGAGAGCGAUAACGAGGAAGAAUCUGAAUCUUUAUUAAAGGAUUUUGAACAAUAUGAGGAGAAAUCCAAACCGAACUUAGAAGAAACAGAAGCUGUUAAUAUUGGCACUGAGACUGAAGUUAAGGAGAUAAAAGUUAGCAUUCAUUUGAAUAAGAAACAGAGAAAAGAGAUGAUUGAGUUCUUGACCAUGUUUCAAGAUGUAUUUGCCUGGUCCUAUGAUGAUGUGCCUGGAAUUUCAACAGAUAUAGUGGUCCACCGAUUACCGACUGAUCCAAGUUUUCCACCAGUAAAGCAGAAACCUCGCAAGUUUAAGCCGGACAUGAGCCUCAAAAUUAAGGAGCAAAUCGAGAAACAGCUCAAUGCUAGAAUUAUUAUGGUGUCUCAUUAUCCCAUUUGGCUUUCAAACCCUGUACCUGUUCCGAAGAAAAGUGGAGAAGUGCGAGUAUGUGUCGAUUACAGGGAUCUUAACAAGGCCAGCCCGAAAGAUGAUUUUCCAUUGCCGAACAUUCAUAUUCUUUUGGAUAAUACCGCAGGGCAUGAGAUUGAAUCAUUUGCUGAUUGUUUUGCUGGAUAUCACCAGAUCUUAAUGGCUGAGGAGGAUAGGGAGAAAACUGCUUUUUAUCACGCCAUGGGGGACAUUUUGUUACCGAGUAAUGCCGUUUGGACUAAAAAUGCAGGCGCUACUUAUCAAAGGACUAUGACCACCCUUUUUCAUGAUAUGAUUCAUAAGGAGAUGGAGGUUUAUGUGGACGAUAUCAUUAUCAAAUCCGAGAGAACGGAGGAUCAUUUGAUUGACUUGGGGAGGUUAUUUGAAAGAUUGAGGAAAUAUGAUUUAAAACUAAACCCUGCAAAGUGUGCAUUUGGGGCCCCUGCCGGAAAGUUAUUGGGAUUCAUUGUCAGUAAGAAGGGUAUUGAGAUAGAUCCGGCAAAGAUUAAGGCCAUUCGUGAGAUGCCAGUGCCAAGAACGCAAAAAGACGUGAAGAGUUUUUUAGGAAAGAUUAAUUUUAUUGGGAGAUUCAUUGCCCAAUUGACCCAUACGUGUGAGCCUUUGUUCAAAUUAUUAAAGAAAAAUGUGUCCUUGCAAUGGAAUGAGGAAUGCCAGCAAGCGUUUGAUAAAAUUAAAGAUUACCUGUUGCACCCCCCGGUUUUAGUGCCACCCAAACCCGGGCGACCUUUGAUCAUGUAUCUAUCGGUGUUGGACGAAGCUAUGGGGUGUGUAUUGGGACAACAUGACGAAUCGGGGAAGAGGGAGCAAGCUAUCUAUUACCUUAGUAAGAAGUUCACUGCGUAUGAGGCCAACUAUUCUUUUCUUGAGAGGAGUUGCUGUGCUCUAGCUUGGGCCGUCCAAAAAUUGAGACAUUACUUGCUCAGUCAUACUACUUACCUUAUUUCCCGCUCCGACCCUUUGAAAUAUUUGUUGGGAAAGCCUAUGCCGACGGGACGUAUGGCGAAAUGGCAGAUGAUUCUUUCGGAAUUUGACAUUAUUUUCACUACUCAAAAAGCCAUCAAAGGCCAGGCUGUGGCCGACCAUUUAGCUGAAAAUCCGCUGAAAGAUGACUAUCAACCACUUCACACUUAUUUUCCGGAUGAGGAGGCCUUGUUCGUGGGUAUAGCAGAAGAUAUGAAUGAUCAAGGCCCGGAGUGGAGGUUGUUCUUUGACGGUGCAUCAAAUUCCUUCGGGGCCGGUAUUGGAGCUGUUCUAGUAUCGCCUGAAGGAAAACAUUACCCUGGUUCGGCCAAACUCCGAUUUUCCUGUACUAACAACAUGGCUGAAUAUGAAGCUUGCAUUUUUGGGUUAAAAAUGGCAUUAGAAAUGGAGAUUAAGGAUUUACUAGUAUUCAGUGAUUCAGAUUUGCUUGUACAUCAGACUCUUAAGGAGUGGAUUACUCGGGAUUCAAAGAUCUUGCCCUAUCAUUGCAACUUACUGGAGUUAGCCAAUAAAUUUAGGAGUUUGGAGUUUCGGCAUAUUCCCCGUGUCAGAAAUGUCUUCGCCGAUGCAUUGGCCACUUUAUCUUCAAUGAUCCAACAUCCGGAUGAGUUAAUAAUUGAACCCAUCCAGAUUCAUCUACAAGGGAAACCUGCUCACUGCCUAGUUGUGGAAAAGUCUUCCGAUGGCCAUCCCUGGUACAAUGAUAUCAAGGAAUUUCUCAAAACAGGAUCCUACCCAUCUGGGGUUGAUAUGACUGCCAAAAGUUUCUUGCGUAGAUUAUCAUCUAAAUUCUUCUUGAAUGGAGAAGUAGUAUACAGAAGAACGUCGGAUUUGGGCCUUCUGAGGUGUGUUGACGAAGAUGAGGCGGAGUACCUGAUGAAGGAAGUACAUAGUGGAGUGUGUGGAUCACAUAUGAAUGGCCAUUUAUUAGCAAAGAAGAUCAUGAGGACUGGAUAUUUUUGGCUUACUAUGGAGCAUGAUUGUAUAGUUUUUGUUAGGAAAUGCAUCAAGUGUCAAUUGCAUGGAGAUGUUAUGCACACUCCCCCUACAGAAUUACACAGUAUGACUGCUCCUUGGCCAUGUUCGAUGUGGGGUAUGGAUGUGAUUGGAGCCAUUGACCCUCCCGCUUCAAAUGGGCAUCGGUUUAUUCUGGUGGCAAUUGAAUACUUUACUAAGUGGGUCGAAGCUGAGUCUUAUAAACAUGUGACUAAGAAGGUGGUAACAGACUUUCUAAGAAAGAAUAUCAUUUGUCGUUUCGGAGUGCCGGAGACAUUAAUCACUGAUAAUGCCAAAAAUCUCAACAAUGACAUGGUGGAUGGUUUGUGCGCACAGUUCAAAAUCAAGCAUCGAAACUCCUCUAUUUAUAGGCCACAAAUGAAUGGAGCAGUAGAGGCUGCGAAUAAGAACUUGAAGAAAAUAAUCCGUAAGAUGAUUGAGAGACACCGUGAUUGGCAUGAAAAGCUCCCUUAUGCGUUAAUGGCAUAUAGAACUGUUAUUCGGACUUCUACUGGGACGACUCCCUACAAUCUCAUGUAUGGAAUGGAAGCAGUUUUACCAGCCGAAGUCGAAAUCCCUUCUUUGCGUAUUUUAAUGGAGGCCAAACUGGAGGAGGCUGAAUGGAUUCAACAACGUCACGAGCAGUUGUCUUUAAUCGAUGAGAAAAGGUUAAAUGCCAUUUGUCAUGGUCAAUGCUAUCAAAAAAGGGUAGCCCGUGCUUACAAUAAGAGGGUCAGACCACGGGUGUUCACAGAAGGAGAUAAAGUGUUGAAACACAUUUUGCCAGCACAAGAGGAAGCUAAGGGGAAAUUUGCACCAAAUUGGCAAGGCCCUUUCAUCGUCCGGAAAGUUUUGCCCGGAGGAGCGCUCAUUCUUGCAGAAAUGGAUGGGACAAUUUCUAAUCAGGUGGCACAUGAUGUCAAAAACAUCUUCGCCUAUUUUGCAAGGGAAGAAUUGUUAUACUGA